AUGAACAAAAACGGAACAGCUAAAAUGAAUGAUAAUCAAAUUAGAGCAGAAGGUAGAAGGUUAUUUAAACGCUUCUAUAACAUUCCUGAUGGUGUUAAUCCUAAAACUCGUAGAAGCUAUUUAAAUGAAGCAAUAGAUGCAUAUGAAGGGUUUGACAUUUCAUCAGAAAGUGAGAGAUUAGCGAGAAUGUUAAAUGUUAAUAUUGAUUUCUAUUAUUGUGAUCCUCAACCAGAAGACGUGGACAUAAAUAAGGUAGACUUUCCAUUAGUGGAAUCAAUAAUGAUAGAUCCAGAAUUUGAAACAGUAAAUAUUUUAUUAACACAGAGUCCAUGUGGAAAACUUCACGCUGACAGAAUAACAGACGUUGAAGCACUCACCGGCUAUAAAGUUUGUCCAUAUUGUAAAGAAGAAGUUUAUUCUAUCCGUGAUGAUCCAGAAAGGAAAAACCAAAGAAGAUUUUUAAAGCAUUGUGAGAAAUGUAAAGAAAAUAAUGGAAGAUUAAUUCAAGACGUUCAAUUGCAAAAGACCCAGCAACCAUAUGCACCACAUAUUACGAAACAGAAGAUAUAUCAGUGGUUAUUAGCUCAUAAUUUGCAGGAAUAUUAUCAACCGACAAGAUAUUAUAUUACUUUUGACUUUGAAACACUAGAGACUAAAGAAGAAUUACAACUUUCUGAGUGUGCAACUUUGAACGCUUACUUAAAACCAUUCAUGGUAUCAUCAGCGGUUAAAUUAAAUGAUAAAACAUAUACGAGAAAUUUUUGCUUAACUUCGAGUGAUUCUUUUAUUUCUGAUUGGAUUGAGUUUUUAUUUUCAACCUGUUCAUUAGUUGUUGAAUCAAAUAUUGAACAAUAUGAAGAAUUAAUGAAGCCGCAAACGGCGGGGACUUUAUCCCAUACAUUAAAUGAAAAACAGAAGGAAGCAUUUAAAGAACUUCUAGAUGAGGAAUUCAAUAAAGUGAAUAUCAUAGGUUUUAAUUCGGGAAAGUUUGAUUUAAAUUUAAUUCUUCGUGAUUUAAAUACUGCAAAAUGGAAAAUAAAAUCAAUGCUGGGUUCAUCUUCACAAUUUAAGCAAAUCAUUGUAAAGAAAACAAACGCUCCAUAUGAAUUGAGAUUUAUUGACAUCAGAAAUUAUAUAGCGGGUGGGACAUUAGACCAAUUCACUCAAGAUUUCGGAAACAAUAAAUCACGUGUUAAAUCCUUUUUCCCUUAUCAAUUUAUCACAUGGGAGAAUUCCGAAGAAGAAUUAUAUAAAGAGGAACCAUUCACGAAAGAUUCAUUUUAUUCAGCAUUAACUCAAGAAACUAUAUCAGAUAGUGAUUAUCAAAUAUAUCUCAAUGAUGCUAAAAAUUUUAAGAAUAGAUUAGAAUAUUUUAUGUAA